AUCUUUCGUCAGUUAAAAGGAUCAUCGUAAGAGAAUGUAAAUUCAUGGUUUAGCUUACUGCGACUUUUAAGAUACUUAAAAAUCGUCAUCCAAGUUGACAAAGCUGGUGGCUCUUUGUGGAAAGCGAAGAAAGUGACGGAAAAAUUGUAAUGAUUGAAAGCAAGCUUGUGAAACAAUCAAGUGUUUGUAGAAAUGAAUUGCAAUGGAGAAUCGUCUUUGGAUGGUAAACGUAGGGUCAUUUCUUACAUGGAUAGCAAACCUAUCAUCACCUAUGCCGGAGAUGAAGAAUUAUUUUCUACUUUGGAAAAUGGUUUGCUUCAAGCUAUUCCUGAGAGCACAGUUGAGUGGCGUAGAUCAUUUGGUAGACCGAUUAAACAGGUUAAACUUGGAGCAUCUUUUGUAUCAUUUUCCAGAGAUAUCUUGCCUAAUGAAAAAGACUGGCAUCUCGUGAAUCAGCCAGUAUUACACAUUUAUUUAAGCGAAUGUACUGAUAUUGACGUUUAUAAAACAAGUGUAAGAGAUGACAUAGAUGCUUGGUUGAAGAUAUUAUCUUCUUAUCAUAUUCAAGACUGGAUGAUUGUAAUAGUAGAAACAUAUGAUCCAAAAAAAAGUACCAAAUUAUUACCUAGAACUACUGUUUUAGAUAAGAUUAGAAAUGACUUUGCUUCUAAAACCGGUGAUAGGUGUUUUGCUGUAAUAAAUCCUAUUAAAUAUAAAUCUCGUUCAACGGAAACUUGGAGAGGAUUAAUUGGACGUAUUCGUCAUUUGAUGCUAACUGCAUACGAUAAAACUCUUUCUCGAUUUGAAGAUGUUAUAAGAGAACAAAGGGAAAGCCGGAAUCUUCCUGGCUGGAAUUUUUGCCAUUAUUUCCUUUUACAGGAAGAACUUGCAUUUGUGUUACAAAUGUUGGGCUUAUACGACGAAGCAUUGGUACAAUACGAUGAAUUGGAUGCUCUCUUUACACAAUUUGUAUUAAACUCUAAUGUAGGAGAUACACCAGCUUGGCUGAAUUUAUUCCAAACGCCUCUUAAUAAUUGGGCUGGUGUAAAUUUAAGCAAUGGUGUUAAUCAUCAUUUAAGAUUUCUAUUAGCUGAAUGUAAAUCAUCGUUGCUGGACUUUAGAAGUUAUUUAUUUAGCAGACAAUGCGCUAUGCUUUUAUUCCUUAAAAAGCCAUGGGAGGUUGCACAGCGAUGUUUAUCCUUUAUUCACAAUACACUGAGUGAAUUACAAAUUCUAGAAGUUCAACGACCAGAAGGAUCCGUCGAGUGUUGGGCUUUUUUGUGUGCGUUAGAAGUAUUGCAAGCAUGUCAAGAAUCAGCUUUUGGUCUAGAUAACAAUCAACAGUCAGAUCUUUGUUCUUUACAUACUGCAAGUCUGUGGGCCCUGGCGCGUGAUAAGUUAGGAGCAUUAGGAAAACUAUGUGGUCUUAUGCCAGGCAGCGAACCGACUAGCGAACAACUCCAUACAGUUGUUUAUCUUAUAGCAGGUAUGGGAGAUUCCGAACCACAAGAAGAAAGAAAAGUAACUCCAAUCGAUAAACUGAAGGAAGCAUUGUCGUCUAAAGAAGUUUUUAAAAAACAAUACUUGGAACAUGCAGAAUUAGCUAUGGGUACUUAUAAACACGUUGGUCGAAUAAGAUCAGCUAGAUCGAUAGGCAAAGAAUUAGCCAGAUUCUAUGGUGAAUUAGGGGAAAAUCAGAAAGCUGUAGCAUUUUUAUCUGAUGCUUUGAAAACUUAUACAGAUGAAGGAUGGCAUCACUUAGCAGCACAAACACAAUUAGAAUUAGCACAAUGUUAUAAAAGAAUGGACGAUGUAGAUAAAUAUAUAGAAGUUUGUGCUGCGAUAUCUUGUACUAAUAUAUUACAUAUUACUGUACGUAAUUCAUAUUUUGAAGAAAUGUUAGGAUAUAUGAAGAUGUUAACUUCUCCACAGCCAUUACUCACUGAACUUGGACACUCUUUUAUAAUACUCAGUAUGGAAGUUAACGUAAUGGACAAAGUGGUGCAAGAUUGUGUAGUUAAUAUUGUAAUUAGUGUACAAAGUUUGUUUCCUAGAGAAAUCAAAUGUACAGGUGCAUAUAUCUCUGUUGAUGAAGUUCAAAAACCUUUGGCUCCUAAUAAAAAAAAAGGUUCCAAAGUGGCAACAGAGCCACCAAUACAAUUGUUGUCAAGUUGUACUAUAGAAGACAUGAAGCCAUUUGAUGCAAGCUUAGCUUUAUUACAAGUAUAUUCUUACUUGAACUGUAAAGAAGACAAAAGUAUAGGUUCUGCUAGUGUUAUGCACAAAAAUCUAAAACCUGUGGUACGACGUUCAGAUAGUGCUAAACACAGAAAAGCUCCUAUAAAUACGAAAGGUGACUUUAGCAAAUCGUUAUCGUGCUCUGAAUUUAUUAUGAAACCGGGUGUAAAUAUGUUUACAUUGACCAGGCGAGUUGAUUGUCCUGGAUUUUACGAAGUUGGUCAAUUGUCACUUAUUAUAGAAGAAAAGUUAGAAUUUCUAUCCCCAAUUUUAAAUCCACGAUUAUGCUACGAGGUAGCAAAAACUCAACCAUUAAUUUCUUUAAAGUGUGGAAGAGAUUUAUUGGCUGGUAUUAUUCAAGAUAUAGAAUUAGUUAUAUCAACCGGAAGUAUGAGGAUAACGAAAGAAAUGAAAUUAAAAUUACGCGCAUCUAGGGGAUUAUUGAUACAAUUAAAUGAAGUAGAAGCAGUAAUGGUUAAAGAAUUAGAAACGCCACUGCCAUCGUGUGAACCAUUUCAAACAAUAAAAUUGGGAUUAAAAGUUUUAGCUGAGUUACCACCUAAAAAAGAUCCUUCUUCUAUGGAACACAAACUUAGCGUGCAAUGCCCAUGGGGUACGGAAGAAAGUAUCCUUUUGCACUUUGGUCCACCAUUAAUGACAAAUAUGAAAUUGCACACUGCUAAGCAGAGAAAAUUUGUUCAAAUCAUUGUAACAGGGUUGACAAGUCGACUUUUGCAAUUAUCUGAUCCAUAUUUGGCAUCGAAUACGUCAAUGGAUUUAAAUUUUAAAAGUUUGAAUCCAACUGCUGGUCAACGAUUAAUGGUAGGUAGCGGAAUGAAUGUAUCAUUCAUGUGGGAAGUUGAAGUUGGCAAAGAUGAGAAAGCUAUGGUACCCAUUAAGACUGAUUUUCGUGUAAAAUACGUACCAAUUAAUGACACUGAGGAAACGAGUAAUUUAAAUGAUGAUCCUUUACAUAUAAAUAAUUUGAAAAAGCUAGAAAAAACUUCUAGUGUAUAUAGAUGUAAUUUUGAUGUCACGGAUUACGUGACAUUAUUCACAGUUUCUUCGAAGGUUGAAGCGGGUGGAGGUGGAGGAGAAUUUUGCCGUGCUGGUAGUAUGUGUCAUCUUUAUCUAACAGUGACGCGUAUGUUGUAUACUCCUAAUCCUAAUCCUCCACCUCAAUUAAUGUAUGAGGUAUUAGCAGAUCAAACAAUGUGGGCUGUUUGUGGCCGAACAGCCGGAAUCAUUUCAUUAGAAGUAGUAGAAAAACAAAGUGUUACGUUAGAUGUUAUGCCUCUAACCAGUGGUUAUUUACCUUUACCUGUUGUUAGAUUGUCUCGAUAUAUCCCUGCGGUAGAAAGCAAAUCAGAUGUCACCCGUAAGGGUGAUGUAACUUCUGGUCCAAGACUGGAGCCAUUCAGUCCAGGACAAGUAUACAAUGCUAGUAAAGCACAACAAGUACAUGUUUUACCUGCAGCACCUUCAGAAUCUAAUUAAAUUUCUAAUCUAUUCUUAAAGCCAUAUUACACAACUUGGUUUUUAAAGAAUAAAUUCUCACUAGGGUGAUCAGCACAGUAAUUUGAAAGUUCAUUUGAAAGACUAUGUACUAGUCUUUAUUAUCUUACAAUUAAUAUGCAAAUUUGUUCUUGAUAUAAAGAAUCAAUACUUUCACUUGAUUGAAACUUGAUUACAGCUAAAUUAAUAAUAGCCACACACACACACACAUUUUCUCUCUCUACAUAUAUAGAUUGUACCAUAAUGAUCGAUCAUCAUUCAGUAUUUUUUUUUGCUUCAACUGUAAUUUUUUUUAUCUAAAAACGAUGUAUGAAUUAGACAAUAGACAACCACAAACGUAAAAAGAAAAAUAUUUUAAUUUAAAUCUUUAUAAUGAAAUAGAAUUUAAUAUCAGAUUGAUAGUAGACUCACGAACAACAAAAUUGAAUACCCUUAUAUUAUAAGAUAUAUUUAAUGUCUUAUAAAAGUAAUCUUUUUAUUUUUCAUUUAUAUACGUUUAAUGCUAAUUUUCUUGUUCUUUGUAAUCAAUUUCAAACGACUUAUUAUAUUUUUUUAUCCAACUAAAUUUAUUUCUGCCUUUUUUGAAAAUAUUUGCUUUCAAUGAGUAUUAUUUUGUUGAGCGCUAUGUAUUAUAAUAUGAUGCCAUAAUUAUUACAUAGCAUAAGAAUGUAAAGAAUUUAUAUAACGCAUCGGGAAGAGAACAAUCGAUAUGAAAUUUGUUUUUAUCCAAAAAUAGUGAAACACAACGUCGUAAAAUAAAAAUCUAAAAGACAGCCGAUAAUUUGAUCCAGUAUUGAUAUUUAUUAAUAAAAAAAAGAAGUUUAAUUUAUGCGUAUUUUAAAUUGUGUAGUAUUUUCAUAUUUUAAAUUUUGAUCCUACCAUUACUAUAGAAAUGAAUUUAAUAUCGAUUGUCCGCUUUGAUGUUAAUACGGGAAAAUAUUAUAUAGAAUGUACUUUUGAAUGAAAUAUCUAUCAUUUAGAUAUAUGGUACCUGUGCUCUAAAAUAUAUAAAACUGUUUUAUAAUUUUUUAUUAAAUAAUGUAUAUUAUCUGCAUUAAUCGCGAUAGUUACUUAUUCUUAAUCCGAUAAGUGCUUCUUCGCAAUUUGCUCUAAAUAUUGAUCUAACAAGAAAGAAAGAAAGAAAGAAAGAAAAAAGGAGAAAACAACUCAUUAAAUCUAUAUGUACACGUGACAUCGAAUAUUUUCGAGAAUCGAUAAAAACAGCGUGUAUAGGUAUACAUAUAUAUGUGUGUGUGUGACAAAAAAAAUGAUAUGAGAAAUGAACAUUGAAGAAGAUAGAAAAAAGUAUCUGUAUAUUAUUAAUUUCGUGCCAAUGUAGGAAUCCUUCACUUUAAUUAUAUUAAUUACUUAUAGAUUUUGUAUCAGAGAUUGUUUAAUUAUAUUUUCUUUUUAUUUUUGUUUUUCUUUUCUGUUUGUUUUUAUUUUGCAAACGUUUAAAACUUUGUGAUAUUUAUAAAGAUCUUUUUUAUAUACUAGCGAUUCAAUUCUCUUAGAAUGAUAUGAUGGAAUAUUGAAAUAUAAUGAAUUAUAUUAUUAACUGUGUAUAUCUCUAUAAACAAUUAAUUAUAUUUUACUUUGUACCGAGAAUUAUAA